AUGUUCGCCUUGAAGUCGCUCUCCUUAUACCUCUGGGGCAACUCCGAAAAGCAAAACAUCGCCGAACUACCCUACGGACAGCUGUUUAUCAAGGAGAAGCGGAACUACUCGAGGAAGAAGGCGCAGAGGAUAACGCCGGGGACGCUGUUGGUGACAAUUGCUAACGAGACCAAUUCCACCUUGCAAUUCACGCAAGGUGAGCAUGCGGGCAAGGUUGCACUCAAGAAUCAAGCGAUCGACGAUGCCAACAAACUCCUAUCUGGGGUGCGUGCAGAGCUCUCCGCCGAACAGGACAAAUCCCGCCAGCUUCAAGAUACCAUCGAUGCUACGCCCUCACAUGAGGGGACGUACAAUACACUAAAACAUACCCAUGAUCAGCUCACGGCGAAGUAUAAGGAACUCGAAGGAGAGAACGAGUCUCUCAGGUAUCAAGUUGAUCAUCGCAUCGACAUUGACACCUCAGAGAUCCUGGCAACAAACUUUGAGCUUUCGAAAGAGAACCGGCAACUCAAACAACAAGUCAUCGGCAGCAUUCCUUCCUCUGCUGCGCCUUCAGGACCUCCAAGUCUGACGGUAUCGCAAUCGAUGCCGCCAACGCCGACGAGUGGAACGCAAGCGAAACACUCUCAAAGCUAUAGCUCACAAUUUGUGACAAAUGGGCUUGAGUCACCUCUGCCUGAGCCUCCCACGUCAGAAGUACGCCCAAAUAAGAGGUCUCGCAUGGAGGGUUCCCAGUCCACCGAGGAAUCCCAUCCCACGGAAAAGGUCCAAGGCCAUACCCCCGGACAACAGAAUACCAACCACAUCACGACUGGCUCGAGCAUGCCUGCGCGUCCCAAACGGCACGCCAAGGGACGGAGGUCUACCGUCCAAGAGUCAGACGAGAGAUUAGCUGCUUCGCCGCCAUCUGCACAGGAUAUGUUUGACGCCCUCGAGUUCUGGAGCGAAGGAGCGAGCAAUCAAAGAUUGCCAGCGUCGACCUGGACACAGUCAUUUAAGGACAUGGUCAAGCCACACCUGACAGAUGUCUUCUGCGCCAACAAAAAGGCAUUUUCAGCCAUGAUGUCCAAGAACAGCGAUGUUCGGCAAGACAAAGGAUUAUGUGCACGGACCAAGCUUUCAAAGGUCUCUGUUCCCAAUGUGGAUCUCCCAGAUGAAACCUGUGCAACUUGUCAAAAAGAUCAUCUCAUCUGUGUGAGGAUCCGGAACGAGUUCAGACCAAUGGCUGUACCUCUUCCCGCAUCACUACGUCAGGGAUAUCAAAGCAAUGAUCUGCAGUAUUGGGUUCUACCCGAUCUCCAGCAGUAA